AUGUCGACGAGCUCGUCCAACAUCUCGUCCACUUCUAACAGCUCGGAUGCAGGAACCCUGGUUCGUCCCAGUCUCGUCAGCGACAAUUCCCGACGCUUUCUCCGUGAAGCUUUGGAGAGAUCCUGCCUGCAGUUUGAGCGACGGCAUGGCUACGUGCGACCACGCCGAUUUCUGCCCAGUGGUCACGAGUGCAUCAUCAAGGACUUGGGUGAAUGCGGUGAUCGAAAGUGUGGAAACUAUCGUUUGGGAAAGUACUCAGCUGUUCGACCCGACUUCUUGAAGUUCUGUGUGGAACAUAUCAAGACAUGCUGCUCCAAAGCUGGUCUCGUUUACUGUUCACUUGGGAGUGGCCAGCUCCUUUUUGAUUGGGAGCUGCUUGAGCACCUUAUACAGAAGGAGGGUGUGCAUGUCCGUGCCAUUCACCUAAUUGAUAUUGCUUAUGGUGGUGCGAAGCAUCGUGCAAGUGCAGUGCGGGCACAGCGGCUUUUCGCCGGGUGGUUCCAGGAGGGUGCAUGGGACCAGGGCCAAACUCACAAAGCGGGACCUUGCCUCAUCCGGAGCUUUCUGACAGCAGACGAUUUCCAGAGUUGGGUAGCGCGGACUGGUGAACAUGUGGAUGUUCUCCUUGACUGCGAUGCCGUCAGUGCCAGGAAAAAGAUGGAUGUUGACAAGUUUCGUCUUUCAGUUCUGAAGGCGGGUGGGGUUUGCCUGGUGCUGUCGAAUCCGGCAAAGCGCAUUGCGAUGCAAAAGUCUGCCAACGGCAAGAAAGGGCUUCGCGAGUUGGUGCAGCAAGUGUAUCGACGUGGAGCUUGGCACUCGAGAGCUUCUGUCAGCCAUGACCGAUCGCAGAGCAGGAGACAGAAAAAACGCCGCUGCACGUCCACGGAGGAUGAAAAAUCCCAAUGUACCACGAAACGGAAGCGACGCCGCAAACGGAUGUGUGUUGGUUAA